GACAAAAAAUGGAACACACCAGCAGUGUGAGGAGACCUGAAAGUGGCACAUGGCAUGGCAGAGUGUGGCGAUGGAGACAGCAGCAAUGGGAGGCCGUACAGGGACCCAUGAGAGACUCUGGACCUGGCAGCAGCAGCAUGAGGAGGCGGUACAGGGGCCCAUGGCAGAUUAGGGGCCUGGCAGCAGCUAUGGGAGGCCCCGUAAUCUGCCAGCACCCUAUGACAAAAAAAUGGAACACACCAGCAGUGUGUGAGGAGACCUGAAAGUGGCACAUGGCAGAGUGUCGCGAUGGAGACAGCAGCAGCAUGGGAGGCCGUACAGGGACCCAUGAGAGACUGUGGACCUGGCAGCAGCAUGA